AAAAAAACAAAAAAAACAAAACAAAAACAAAAAUGUAGGAGGAAAAUGCAUGUAUAAAUAUACACAUUUGGAGAUCGAAACCCACAUUCAUUCAGAAGUCAAAACAAUCCAAAACCAUCAAAUGGCUUCGUCUUCUUCGUCUCCCGAUAACAAACUGGCCAUGGCCAAGACAAUUCUUGCAACAGCAGCUUCAAUAGCCACCACUGUAAUGGUGGCUCGCUCUGUCGCUCAAGAUUUGCUCCCCCAUGAGUUCCAUGACUUUCUCUUCUCCGGCAUUAGAAAUUUCUUCAACCGCUUCUCAUCCCAAUUAACCAUGGUCAUCGAAGAGUUCGACGGUCUAGUCAACAACCAAAUCUACGAAGCCGCAGAGACUUACUUGGGCAGCAAAGUCUCACCCUCCACGCACAGACUCAAAGUGAGCAAGCCCGAAAACGAAAAAAGCUUCAUCAUCACCAUGGAAAGCAACGAGGAGAUCACCGACGUCUUUAACGGCGUCAAAUUCAACUGGGUAUUGGUCACGAGGCAAGUCGAAACCAAAAAUUUUUACAAUCCUCGCGAUCUGAAUUCAACGUUGCGAUCAGAAGUCCGGUCAUUGGAGCUCAGUUUCCACAAAAAAAACAGAGACUUGGUUCUGAACACUUAUUUGCCUCACAUUUUGGAAGAGUACAAGUCCAUCAAGCAAGAAAAGAAAACCAUAAAGAUCUUCACGGUGGAGUACGAGAAUCUCUACUGCAACUUAGCCGAUGCUUGGAUUCCCACGAAUCUUGACCACCCGGCCAAUUUCGAAACUCUGGCUUUGGACUCGGAGAUCAAGGACUUCAUUCUUGGCGACCUUGAGAGGUUCUUGAGGAGGAAAGAGUACUACAGGAAAAUUGGGAAGGCUUGGAAAAGAGGGUAUUUGCUUUAUGGCCCACCGGGUACUGGGAAAUCGAGCUUGAUCGCUGCCAUGGCUAACUAUUUGAAUUUCGAUAUCUAUGACUUGGAGCUUACGGAGAUUCGUAGCAAUUCGGAGCUUCGAAGAUUGCUUAUCGCGAUGGCCAACAGGUCAAUACUGGUUGUGGAGGAUAUUGACUGUACCGUUGAAUUCCAAGACCGUGUAAAUCACGAAUCAGGACCUUCUAACGUUCAUAAUUCCGAAGAUAAAAAGGUCACAUUGUCAGGCAUGCUAAAUUUCAUCGAUGGGCUAUGGUCGAGCUGUGGUGACGAGCGGAUCAUAGUGUUCACUACCAACCACAAAGAGAAGCUCGAUCCGGCCUUGUUACGCCCUGGUCGGAUGGAUGUUCAUGUUCAUAUGUCCUAUUGCACCCCUUGUGGCUUUAAACUCCUAGCAUCCAAUUACCUUGGCAUCGAGAAUCACAUGCUGUUCGAAGAGAUUGAGCAACAACUUCAAAUCACACAAGUCACUCCGGCUGAAGUGGCCGAGCAACUCAUCAAAACCCACACCCCCGACGAGGCUGUUCAGGGUCUAAUUGAAUUCAUGAAAACGAAGAAGAAAGAAAAGGAGGAAGCCAAUGCUAAAAAAGAACAGGAAGCGGAUAAAAAAUUAGAAGCUAAAGAUGGUAAAACUAAUUCCGAUGAAAAAGUUAAGGAAGUGGAUAACGACGACAAAAAGUGACACAUGGGAGCUGAGUGUACUUUAUUUCAAUUAAUUCUUCCUAUUGAUGUACGGUUAAGUGACCCAUAUUGUAGUGGGCGUGUUUGCUUUGGGUGCAAAAUGGAAUCUUGCAGUAGAUAAAAGGAGCACUUACUAUUGUGCUUUAAAAAUAAAUAUUAAUUACGCUUUUUGUUUAA